AUGGUUCUUUCUAUGCUUCCCACGCCGCCGCGCCUCGCCACUACCAUCAUCGAGGUUACGUCGAUGCAAAGCCUCCUCAGGCGGGGAAGAGUGAGGAGUGAAGAGGCCAAGAUGACGCAAAACAUACCCGGCUUUUGUUUUGGAUUCCGUGCAGUAUCUGGCCGGGAGCAGGGCACCCGGAGCAUCAUGCCUUUCAGGACUUCACUUACCUCCGGCUGCCCCCUCCCCCAGGAUGCGCUGCGCGAGCUUGGCCUCUAA